AUGCUCCAGUCAGCAAUCAAGCGAGCCGGCCGCCACUUGGCAGUCGCUGCCUCCCAACGGCGCGCGGUCAAUAUGGCGGCCGUGGCGACUGCGAGUCAGGAUAAACGAGAAGGCGACAUAUCAGACUCGUUCGCCUCCUUGGCCGGUGUGAAAGAUGAACCACUUCCAGAUCAUUUUCGCCAACUCAAAUUGUCGUUGGUUGAAGGACGAGAAGAGAAGGUAAAAGCCAGCUGGCACAGACUACUCCAAAGACUGGAAAUUGAGAAUAGUGUAAUCGACGAAUUGGGCUCAAAAGUGAUCCCAGAAGUGCGAUUUGACCAUCUCGACGAGGACCUCUCCACAGCCAAGGAUGCAAUCAAGAAACGCGGCGCCGCGGUUAUUAGGGGAGUUAUACCGGAAGACGAAGCACGCCAGUACAAAUUCGAUCUCGAGGAGUAUAUUCGCAAGAACCCACAAACAAAAGGCUUUCCGCAAAACGACCCACAAGUCUGGGAGCUAUAUUGGUCAGCGCCACAGCUGCACGCUCGCACGAACCCGAACUUCAUGAAGGUGCAAAAAGCCCUGAUGCAAGCAACGUGGUCCCUGUCCGACCCCAGCUCGCUCAUAUCCAUCUCGCAACCCCUCUCCUACGCCGAUCGCCUCCGCAUACGCCAGCCAGGCGACGCCGCUUUCGCCCUAGGGCCGCAUAUGGACGGAGGCAGUGUGGAGCGGUGGAUGCGGGAGGGCUACGGCAAAGGGGGCGUGUACGACGCUGUGUUCGAGGGCGAAUGGGAAACAAAGUACGACCCCUGGGACGGCAGCACACGGGUCAAUGCUGUCAACGACCUGUAUAAUGGCCUCGGCGCGUGCAGCGUGUUCCGGAUGUACCAGGGGUGGCUGAGCAUGAGCAGCGUUGGGCCAAGAGAGGGAGCGGUAUUAUUCAACCCGCUGUUGAAGCUUGCGUCGGCUUAUACGCUGCUCAGGCCAUUCUUCAGGCCGAAGAAGACGGUCGACCUGGAGGUCGCUAAGGGGGGCAGUGCCGAAAGACUGGAAUUCCUGGCACCUGAUAACUGGGAGUUCACGGCUGGCGACCAAAUGACAAGUGAGAUACCUGGUGCUACUCCAGGAUACGGUAUGGAGUUUCCGAAGUUGGCUAUGCAUCCACACCUGGAGUUGGACCGAACGAUGGUGCAUACGCCGCGGGUGAACCCUGGCGACUUUGUUGUUUGGCAUUGUGAUACUAUUCACGCCGUGGACUUCGAGCACAAGGGCAAGAGAGACUCUAGUGUGUUGUAUAUUCCAGUUUGCCCAAUCACGGAGAUCAACGCCAAGUAUGUCUCCAGAAUGCGAGACGCCUGGCGUAAUGGAACCCCUGGUCCGGAUUUCCCUGGCGGCAAAGGCGAGUCAGAGCAUGUCGACAGGCCAACCGAGAGCUUCCUGAGAUCAAUUGCCAACACCGAUGGUCUGGCUUCAGUGGGCCUUGAGCCUAUCCCAGAGCCAAGGAACGGCAGCGAAGGAGAAAAGGAGGUUGUGCGUAGAGCAAAUCACACGCUGGGGUUCUAA